CAUAUCGGACUCUGUCCUUAUCAGAGUUUCUGUUUUACCAAGUUCAGGUGAAGAUCCAAUACGUUAACAACUUGUCUGACCCGCUUAUCAAAAAUCUUAUAAAUCAUUGGACAGACAUUCGAAACGCCUUCAAAGAGAAUGGUACAUACGGUUUCGCCCCCAUUUACGAGGUCUGCAUGAGAUCCGGCCCAGCCAUGCUCUUCAUGACGGAGACGACCAACUGUAUGAAUCGCCUCCUCUCGUGCAGUUGGGCUGGAUGCACGCCGUCCUUCACUGCCAAAGUGGUCGACCCUUAUGGCAACUUAUCCAUGACCUUGACAAAUUCAGGGGUCGGCUGUUCCUGCUGUUUGUCCAGUAAUAAAGUAUGCUCAAUAAUUAAUCCCUACAUGAAAAACACAUUUAAGCAGCAAUUUCACUAGGAAUUCAGUGUCACCCUCCCUUCUGGAGAACUGUUGGGGACCAUUUGUCAAAGCCGUGAUAGCCGAAGGCACCUCCUCCUAACCGAUUGCGAUACCGUAAUCCAAGCCAAAGGCCCGAUACCCUCAAUUUGUUCCCAAGUGGUGAACAGCUUACUCUCCAUGGUGUGCAAUUUUUGCUGCCUCAAUUGCUUUCUGGGUGGCGAUGAAGUUUUUAACUUCACAGAAGGCAAGAACAGUAAUAAACUGGUGGCAAAAAUUAGAAAAAUCAGAACUGAAGUUGCCAUUCAUUCUUCUGACGUGCGGUGGCUGAGUAAGAACAAGGGCGACGGAUUCGGGAAGGAAGAUGAUGAUGACAACAACAAUACUCGUAAGAAGAAAAAAAGCAAGAAGAAGAAGGACGACACGAAUGACGACGACGACGACUAUUGGCAACCUGAAGAUAAGCAGAAGAACACUGUCGAAUACGUCAAAUCGCACCAAGUUCUCGUCGACUUUGGGCAGAGUCUGUCUCUCCGGAAGAAAUCGCUCAUACUUUCCGCCGCAUUUUUAAUUGAUUUCCUUUACUGGCAGUCAUCCUCGGAUUCAUACGCGUACAGCCAUAUGCAAUAAUUAUUUAAAGAAAUCAUACACAUUUUCAUCAAACUUUCUCAUACAAUA